CUUUCUUUGCCAACACUAAAAUCAAGCGCGUGUGGCGCGUUCUGUGUUUACGAUCGGCAACGGAAAAAGGAAGAAGAGUGAAAUCGGAAAAGAUGCAUUACUGGGUUCGAGCUUCGUCCUCUGAUUUCGCCGGAACUCUUCCCCAACCUCGCAGUGGUCACACCGCCGUCAACAUCGGAAAAUCCAAAGUCAUCGUCUUCGGCGGCCUCUUAGACAAGAAGUUCCUCUCCGAUAUCGCCGUCUAUGACAUUGAUAAUAAACUAUGGUACAAGCCAGAGUGCACUGGCAGCACUGAUGGACAAGUGGGUCCGAGUCCUCGGGCAUUUCACGUUGCUGUUGUGAUUGAUUGUCAUAUGUUCAUCUUUGGUGGCCGUUGCGGUAGCGAGAGGUUAGGUGAUUUUUGGGUCCUAGAUACUGAUAUAUGGCAAUGGUCAGAGUUGACAAGCUUCGGUGACUUACCCUCAGCACGAGACUUCGCUGCAGCUUCAGCUAUUGGAAAUCAGAAAAUUAUUGUGUAUGGAGGCUGGGAUGGUAAAAAGUGGUUGUCAGAUGUAUACGUCUUGGACACAAUAUCACUAGAGUGGAUGGAAUUGUUGGUGACUGGAUCAUUGCCACCACCUAGAUGUGGCCACACAGCUACUAUGGUUGAGAAACGGUUGCUUGUCUAUGGUGGAAGAGGAGGUGGAGGUCCUAUCAUGGGUGAUUUAUGGGCUUUGAAGGGUCUAAUCGAAGAAGAGAAUGAAACACCUGGAUGGACCCAACUAAAGCUUCCAGGUCAAGCUCCUUCCGCACGCUGUGGCCAUACCAUCACAUCUGGAGGACACUAUCUGUUGCUGUUUGGAGGCCAUGGAACUGGUGGCUGGUUGAGUCGUUAUGACAUCUAUUACAAUGACUGCAUCAUCUUAGACCGGGUUUCUGCCCAGUGGAAGCGGUUACCUACCGGCAAUGAACCCCCUCCUGCUCGAGCAUACCAUUCUCUGACAUGUAUUGGCUCACGUCAUCUAUUAUUUGGUGGCUUUGACGGCAAAUCCACAUUUGGUGAUCUUUGGUGGUUGGUUCCAGAAGAGGACCCUAUUGCAAAUAGGCUACAUGCAACUUCACCAACCAAUCUUACUGAAAAUAAGAAUGCGACGACGGAGAAUAAUAAUAAUCUCCAAUCUGAACUCGAGGAAAGCCAAACAGAAGAAUCUUCUGUCUCUGAAUUGCGAAAAAGAUUAGGAAUAUCAGUUUCUCUUCCUAGUAAUGGGGUUCCUAUUGUGGAUGAGUUAGAAGAUAGAGAACUUAGUGAACUAGCUUCAAGUUUUGUUGGAGAAAGAGUUUCUACCGGUGAACAUCUUUCACAUAUUCAGGCGCUUCGUGACCACUGGAGGAAUGCUACUGCAAGGUCCAUACCGCUUAAAGAGCUUGGGCCUUUGCUUCGGGACUAUCAACGCCGAAUUACUCAUCGUCACCUGGAGAAUGGCGGAUCUGAUGCAGAGUUGAUUGAGUCUGCUUCUAGAAAAAUGGCUUAUGGUUUCUAUCAUAUUAGAAAUGUUAACCAGUUGCGUAUGGAUGACAUCCCAAAGCUGCUGGCAGAGUACAAACAACUACAAAUUUAAGGUAGUGGCAUAUCUUCUGGUAAAUAGAAGAGGUGGAAAAGGCAAAGCACACAAAGCCUUUAUUCUACAGAUAUUCUGAAUCACAUUUUGCUUUCUCAUGUUUCACUGGUAUUAACCUCCCGUUGUGAAAUAUGUAUUCAUCACUAGAGUAGUGCAAACUGCGAAGACCUGAAUGCGUUCUACAGAAUUGCUGUGACUGACAGUAUCAGUAGUUUAACGUCCGCAAUCCACUGAUGUUUUAACUGGUUUUAUUUGAGUUACUUAAGUUGACCUUGUCAAGGUACACAGAUGUUUUGUAUAUCAAAAAUUUGUCGUCUAAA